AUGAGGGGAACACCUGUAACUGAUGAUUCUUCUUCCUCGGUCUCUAAAACACCUUUUCACCCAACAAUCGGUGUCAAUAACAUUAAGAACUCCAUUCCUGUUAUCCUUGAACGAACCGACGGUCACUAUACGUCGUGGAUGGAACUUUUCAAUAUUCAUGUUUGCGGAUACAAUGUAUUGAAUCACAUAAACCGUGAUGUUCCACGCCCCAAAGAUGUCGAUGAUUCCACUUGGCUUCGCCUAGACGCCGUUGUCAAACAGUGGAUUUAUGCCACUAUCUCUCCUGAUCUUCAGGAAUCGAUCAUGAAAUCGGGUGUAUCUGCUCAAGAUUUAUGGAACCGACUCUAG